GUGGCGAAAGACUAUAAUCCGGGCCGGGAGGGGGGGUGGCUACGGCUCCUCUUCCGUCUCCUCAGUGCGGGGAACAUGUAGAGCCGGGGGGAGACCAGCCGAGAAGACAAAUCGCUGCUUCUUCUUCCUCCUCCUCCUCCUUCUCCCACAUAGAAACACUCACAAACACCCGACCAGGGCCCGAGCUACCGGGGGGGCAUCGCCACGGGCCCGGGAACAAAUCCUCCUGUCGGCGGGGGCGUCCCUCCCUGCGGCUUGGUGGUGUCGGGAACUCCCCGAAGACAUGGGAAACAGAAUUAAAAAUACAUCUUCUCUCAUGAGAGAAAAAUUGCCAGACAGCUUGGUUCUCAGGCUCCUGACUGAGGGCACUGGCAACGUCUCAGCACCUGUGCCCAAGAAGCUGCUGGUGGUUGGUAUUGAUGACAGCUACUCUUCUGCCAGCAGCUGCCCUCCUGCUCUGGGCAACUUCACCAAGGCCAACUUUGAUGCCAUUUCCAAGACCUAGAGCUGUCUGACCCUGGACCUCUGGAAAGAGACUGUGUUCACGUCUCCCUACCAGGAAUUCACUGACCAUCUUGUGAAAACCCACACCAGAGCUGUCCAGAGGACAGCAGUAGCCACAACAUAAGGGUUUUUACAGAAGAAAAAAAUAAAAUGAAUAAAAACCGUAAAAAAAAAAAAUAUCACUUUUUCUCUUCUUACUCUGUCUAAAUUCAGGAGUCAACCACUAUAAUCAUUAAUUUUCAUUCAUCCUGAAAUCUUUUCCCCUUCUUUUACCUCAUUAUAUUGCUUUGCCACAACUUCAAAUGAGAAGGGCAAUGGAGGGAGUGGGGGAAACGAAAGAAGGGGCAAGAAAAAAAGAGUGGAAAGAAAAAAAUGGAAACAAGGCUUUUGUAGAUAAAGAGGGGAGGACGGUUGGAGGGAAAGGAGG